UAGUCGAUGCUAGUUAGUUGAAUACCAAGAUAGCUAGCUCUUUGUUUUGUUAUUUACACAUUUAUGUAUUACUUAUAGGUGUUUAUAAAUUGUUUAUGUUGACUUUUUCCCUUUUUAUGCAGAUACUGCUGUUUUGUAUCGUAUUAGCGACUAUAUUAGUUUAGCAUUACAGCUAACUCUGCAGUUGCUGAGGCUUUGUUGACGCUUAUCUAGCUAGCUGUAGAGAAGACUGCUGUUUGAAGAAAACUAGAUUAUGGCAGAUCCUGCACGGAUAAAGUCAGAAGAUAACAUACCUGAAAAGGCAAUAUCCAAAGAGGAGCCGGAUCUAGAAAUAAAACAUGAACCCAUCGCAAAAGAAUCUGUAGACGAAAAGAAAGAGUCAUCCGUACAAGAUCCUCUCAAACGGGAGGUGAAACAUGAGGCUGCCCCUGGAGAUGAUGAAGAAGAGGGAACCUCCGGUCAGCCUCCUGCUAAAAGACUGAGAGUGGAGCCGGAUAAGAAAAAGGAGAAGCGGCACAAAGUUGAUGAGGAUGAAAUACAAAAGAUGCAAGUUUUAGUCUCAUCUUUUUCUGAAGAGCAACUAAAUCGCUAUGAGAUGUACAGACGCUCUGCCUUUCCCAAGGCUGCCAUCAAGAGGUUGAUCCAGUCAAUCACAGGAUCGUCAGUUUCCCAGAAUGUGGUCAUUGCAAUGUCUGGUAUUGCCAAGGUUUUUGCUGGAGAAAUUGUCGAGGAAGCGCUUGACGUUUGCGAGAAGUGGGGAGACACGCCGCCGCUUCAGCCCAAGCAUAUGAGGGAAGCUGUGCGAAGGCUGAAGAGCAGAGAUCAGAUUCCCAACACCAAGUACAAGCAGAUUCUGUUUCACUGAGACAGUUGACCUGUGGGUUAAACGAGAAUGUCGGUGAUUAAAGCAGCCUCAAAAGCCCAUUUCCAAACUGCA